GUUUUUCCCUCCUCUGACCAAUCAACGUUCGCUUCCUUCCUUACCCCGUGAGCUGUUGUAGCCAAUGGGAAGUGGGUUCUUUGGGCGUCAGUCAUAUUCAAACCUAGAGCGGCGCGGGCACCGUUGUCCGGUUGGAGCCUCCGUUCCAGCCCCGCAGCAGCAGGAGGGGGCAGCGAAGGAACUUCCUCAGGAUGCAGAGCUACAUUUCUCGCCUUUCCUGUUUACUAGGGAUCAUCUGAGAUAGUCUGACCCUCAUCCACAUUAUCUUUUGACAAGGAAAGGUUUUCUCUAUAUAGUACUCGUUGAACCUUGGACAGUUAAGCAGCACACCAGCAAUAUGGAGGAGGAGGAUCUAAGUGAAAGAGGGUUGCCACAAAUUGCUUCAAUCAUGAAUAAAGUUAGAGACUUGAAAAACAAAUACAGGAAUGAAGACAAUAUCACAGAUGAACUUAACUGUACUAAAUUUUCAGCUGAUACAACAGAUAACUCUGGAACUGUUAAUCAAAUAAUGAUGACAACAAAUAAUCCAGAAGAUUGGCUGUGUUUUCUACUUAGACUAGAGAAAAAGGGUAUUCCUCAGACAGAUGUUGGUCUACUGAACAGACUCAUUGGUCGUUAUAGUCAGGCAGUGACUGCAUUGCCUGCAGAAAAGCAUAGUCAAAAUGAGAGCUAUGCUCGCAUCCUUGUGAGAUUUGCUGAGUUGAAAGCUCUUCAAGAUCCAGAGGAGGCACGGGACCAAUUUCAUCUGGCCAGACUGAACUGCAAGAAAUUUGCUUUUGUGCAUGUGGCUUUUGCACAGUUCGAGCUCUCACAAGGAAAUAUGAAGAAGUGUAAACAGCUUCUUCAGAAAGCUGUGGAGUGCUCUGCUGUUCCACUAGGAAUGUUGGAAACUGCUCUACAAAACUUUCAUUCACAAAAAAAGCAGUUGCUUUCAGAUGAGGAGAAGGAGAACUUUGCAGUAUCAAGUGCACAAGAGUCGGUACUUCAGAGCAUAGCUGGAAGUCGCAGAAACAUAAUAAAAAAGAAUGAUUCUGGUGAAAAUCCUUCUACUGUUACCAGACUUUUGCUUGGGGAAGAGAAAUCAGAGGAGUUCAAUGCUCUGCUUAAUUGCCACAAUCCAUUAAGACCACUAAACAAGUCUAACCAGGCCUGCCCCUUUGGGAGGGUUCCUGUUAAACUAGUAUCUGAUGAUGAUGUGAAGACAACAAGUGUUCCACUUACAGCUAGUGUAAUGAGGAGGCAAAUAUCUGGCUCCAGAUGCAGAGCCUUCAUCACACCUUGUCCACCCUCAGAAUCAAAAUCUAGUGGGAGUGAUUCACAUGACUCAGGAGACCUACAGGCCUUACAAGAAAAAAAUUAUUCACAGUCGCACAUGUCGGAUGAGAACAGUUUAGAAAUGGCUACCAAUUCAACUAUAACUCUUCAAACCAAAAUGGAUACGAGUCUUGCAAUGAAAAGAGAAGAAAAUAGACCUCAGCAUGAGGAGCUGGAGAUACUAGAGCCCAGGAGUCUGGAAAGUGAACAGCAACAAUAUAGUUCUGGUGAAAGCUAUAGAAAGCAGUUGGAACAGAUUAAACCGAACUGUGUUAAUGCAAGGAAAAAAUGGCCAAUUCAAGAAGUGACACAAAAAAGCUGCUAUGGAGAGGGAAGACAAUCGAGCCUUGAACAAUCUGGUCAUUCUGUUUCAAAAGGAUUAUCACCACCAGAUGCUGUUUCUAAGAAAAAUGAUCCAUUGCAAGUUUGUGGAACACCAAGCACUGCGUAUAAUGAUUAUAUGGACUGUUUCAGAACACCGCUUGUAAAGAACAACUUUCUACCAGGAUGUCAAAUUUCUACUCCCUACAGCCAGCUCCCAUAUAUCCUACCACAUACUCCAGCAACUCCUUUUCAAAAUCAAGGUGGCUUGCAGGUUCCAGCCUCUAUGUCUUCACAUGAAUGUAUUUCCAUCAAAGGAAGAAUUUAUACAAUAUUAAAGCAAAUAGGAAGUGGAGGCUCAAGUAAGGUGUUUCAGGUACUGGAUGAAAAGAAGCAGCUGUAUGCAGUCAAAUAUGUGAAUCUAGAGGAAGCUGAUCAACAUACUGUUGAGAGCUAUAAGAAUGAAAUUGCUCAUUUGAGUAAACUGCAGCAACAUAGUGAUAAGAUCAUCCGCCUUUAUGGCUAUGAAAUUACCGAUCAUCAUAUCUACAUGGUAAUGGAGUGUGGAAAUAUUGAUCUCAACAGCUGGCUUAAAAAGAAAAAAAACAUUGAUCCUUUGGAACGAAAGAGCUAUUGGAAAAACAUGCUGGAAGCCGUUCACACAAUCCAUGAAUAUGGCAUUAUUCACAGUGAUCUGAAACCAGCAAACUUUCUGAUAGUUGAUGGAAUGUUAAAACUAAUUGACUUUGGCAUUGCAAACCAAAUGCAACCAGAUGUGACAAGCAUCAUUAAAGAUUCUCAGGUUGGCACAAUGAAUUACAUGCCACCUGAAGCAAUAAAAGAUAUGUCUUCCUAUGGAGAAAAUGGGAAGUCUCGAUCUAAGAUAAGUCCCAAAAGUGAUGUGUGGUCAUUGGGAUGCAUUUUGUACUGUAUGACAUAUGGAAGGACUCCAUUUCAGCAUAUAACAAAUCCAAUUAAUAAACUCCACACUAUUGUUGAUCCUAGUUACGAAAUAGAAUUUCCAGAUAUUGCUGAGAAGGAUCUUCAAGAUGUGCUAAAGCGCUGUUUAGUAAGAAAUCCUAAACAACGGAUAUCCGUUUCAGAGUUGCUGGUACAUCCAUAUGUUCAAAUUCAAAGUCAUUGUCAAACAGGUGUUCCAAAUGCAAAAGGAACAACAGAGGAAAUGAAACGUAUCCUUGGCCAGCUUGUUGGCUUGAAUUCUCCCAACUCUAUUUCUAGAGCUGCUAGGACUUUAUAUGAACAGUGCAACAGUGGUAAAAGUCUUGAUGUAUCAGCAUUUGCAAAACCUGGAAGUCAAAAAACAUGGACAAUGAAAUGAUGUGCUGCUGUUCAGGAUGCAACAGAGAUGUUUGGUCUGUUCAAAAAAUAUUUUGUGCUGCUGGCUUUUAAAAGGACACUCAGCAUAAAGUUCACAUUUACAUGUUCUUUGUCUUCUGAUAAUGCUUGCAGAUUAUUAAAAAUAAUUUAAUUGGAUGCUUUUCACUGUAAGCUGUUUCUCUCUUUGCAUGCCACUUGGAUUGAACAAAGGGAACAGCUAUCUGGUGAUUUUUGUUUGGAGUACAAAAACAUGUGUGAGAAUCUUCAAGCUCUUAUCCCCUGAAGCUAAAACAAAAAAGUUCAUAAAAUGCAAACUGGUGUACACAGAAAACAUGCAGUUGUCUCUUGAAAUAUCUCCUAUGAUGUGAACACAGUUUUAUGCUGUUCCGUGCCUUGCCAAUAAAUGCCUCUUGUGUCCAGUUUAA